AUGCGUUCUCUUCUUACUGACGAGCAUUCCGUCUCUUCUCUAUUUUCUAGUACCAAGGCUGACGGUGAAGAACAUCGAAAAUCUGCGAUACAAAAGACGGCCGGUGAUUCACAAGUGCACCAGGUGUGGAAAGGGUUAUCAAUUGGAAACCUCGCUACGAAGACACCAAAGACUCGAAUGUGGGGGCUUCUGGUGACAAUGCUGCUCUCGCAGGACGUGCAACGACCGCAAGACAAUAGCGAAGCAUGGCGUCAGUUACCUUAUCCGGGCAUGCCUUACGAUCCGAACAGAAGUCAAAGACGGAAAGAUGCGAAGGAUACCGGUGUUCUAUCGAAGAGCGAAUGGAUCAAUUUGAAUGAUUAUCGAAGCGGCUCAGUGGACGAUUCGUUGCCGAAAGAAAGGAACUACAAUGACGCAUACUAUUAUCCGUGUCCUGUGCUCGAUCCGAACAAGAAACAACCGCUGCAACAGCAGCAACAGCAGCUUUUCACCUGUGCGCUUUGUGGCAGGGAAUAUACCUGGAUGUAUAGUUUACGUCGACAUCAGCUACAAUGCGGCAACAAGGAGGCGCGAAAUAAGUGUCACUUCUGCUCGAGAAAAUUUUACAGACACGGCUCCGACCUGAUGAACGAGUUCGAGGCUUUUGAAUCCAAGGAUAUCAAACUGAUUCCGGAAAUCAUUAGGGCACCGUUGGUCUCUUCCAUGCAACACUACUUCUGUGGAGAGUGUGGAAAAGGAUACAAGUGGAUGGCGAAUCUUCGCAGGCAUCAGAGACUCGAAUGCGGAAAAUUACCCAAGCAUCGAAAACGAGCGGACUUGAGCGACUGGUUCGUGAAGCAGGAGAACGAAUACGAGGAGCCGCAAACUUUGUUCGAGUUCGUUGCCAGCAGCUACGAUUUGGCGGAACGAAAGAAGGCUGCAAAGACUGUGAUCUGCGAGGAAUGCGGCAAAAGCUUCUCGAGACUCGACAGUCUUCGGAGACACGAGAAGAAUUAUUGCAGGGUGAAAGGAGACAGAAUGUAUUGCCGUGAGAAGUCAGAGAACUAUUCAGAAAAAGACCAAGAGGACGACGCCGAGGUUUGUGAAAUCUCAUUUCACGGACAAUUACCAAUGAAUUAUUUGCUCUGCGAUUCGUCCAUCUUGAAUUCCGUGGAGACAGGUAUGCUUCGGAAAAACGUGAAGUCUCAUCAGCAAUUUCGAUGCGACGGCUGCGACAGAGCCUACACGCGAAUGGACAGUCUGAAACGACACCAAGCCAAAUGCGAUGCUUCGUUGGAGAAGCUACAGGAGGAAGUCGAGUGGCUACAUCGACAAAAGUUUUAUUGUAAUCAGUGUGGCAAAGGUUACAAAAGGCUGGAUACCUUGAGGAGGCAUCAAAGGCUUGUUUGCGGCGACAAAGAGAGCGCGUCCACAGCCACCGAUAAGUCGGCCACCCAAUAA